GAUUGACACUACCCACCUUAAAUCAUAGUCUAUGAUUCAUAGACUUAUGACAGUUUUUAAAUACAUAUGUAGGCUGAUUUGAUAUUAAGUAUUGUAUUGUUGAAUUAAUUUAUUCUGCCAUACCAAUUGUGUAUAACACUGAUAUUUCUGUCUCGAGUUUACUAUUUAAAAAUUAUUUAUUCACCUUAAAAUGGCAUAUUUAACUCAACCUGAUUAUGUGAGAUACAUUUGUACUUGCGGUCAACUGAAACCAAUCACUAGUUUAUACUUCUGUCGGCAUUGUUUGAAAAUACGUUGCGGUUUUUGUAUUUGUCAUGAGGUCGACUCACAUUAUUGUCCGAACUGCCUCGAGAAUAUGCCAUCAUCAGAAGCCAGAUUAAAGAAGAACCGUUGCAGCAGCUGCUUCGAUUGUCCCAGUUGCUACCACACUUUGUCCACCAGAGCUAGCCUGGUCCAACCUCGGCAGCAAGAAGGUGCUGGAGAUGGGAAAGUAGAAAACAAACAUCAAAAAAAGAUGUACUAUUUAGCUUGUUUCAAUUGUAGAUGGACAUCUAGAGAUGUGGGAAUUCCUGAUCAGCCUGUUGCAUCAGGUGGAUGGCCAGAGAGACCAAAUCCAUUUGCAACACAAAUCAAUCAACUCUUAGAAUAUUACAAGGCAAUAGCAUUACAAGAGAAACAGGAGAAAAUUGAAAAAGAAAGAAAAAAGUUUGCCAUCAGAGGGAAAUACCUAACACUCACUGAUAAAACGGGCUUAACUGGAGCUAUGGCAAGGAACAUAGCAGGACUUCCAUCUUCCGACUCUGGGUCAUCGUCCAUUAUCGCCAAAUUCGUUCCAAGCCAAGCCAGUGCAGAAGUUGAGGAAUUGCCCGAAGAUUAUUUCACUAAAGAAGUCAACUUGAAUCAGAUAACCAGUAUGCCUCAACGCCUUCUAUCACCGGAGUGGCAGCCUACUGAUGUUUCAAGACUGCAUCCAAUAGCUAAACUAUUGAGUGUAAAACGUAGCCAACGGUGCAGGGAGUGUGACCACAAUCUGACUAAACCAGAGUAUAAUCCGGGCUCUAUAAAAUUCAAGAUUGAGUUACUGGCUUUUUAUCACAUACCCGAAGUGAAAAUAAUAUCAUACGAACCCAUGAAGGCAGGUGAGAAUUCAACUGUGUUGUUGAAACUGAGCAAUCCAACUGCUCACGAAAUGACAUUAUGCCUGAUGAAUCCUGAAGAUAUACCGCAAGUGGACAAUGAGGAAGAGCAACUUGAAAAUUCACUUGAGAAAUCACUCACUUUGGACAAGGAGUCCGCGGCGUGCAAGCCGGCCGCCGCGCCCGCUUGGCGCCGCGCCGCCGCGCCGUGCGUCCGCGCCGUCGGGCCGCCCGUGCGCGUCUCCGUGCCGCAGCGCGACGACGCCGCCGAGUACGACGACGACGCCACGCACGACGCUAACGAUGUAAUCGUGUGGCGAAAGGCGAACAAGCUGGGCGUCCGUCUGCAGGUGGCGACGGAGGCGGCGGCGUCGCGGGGCGGCGCGGCGCUGCUGGCGCUGGCCCUCCAGUACUCGUACCGCAAUACGGUGCCGCCCGCCGCCAACGCGCCGAACCAGAGGAAUCAUAUUCUGUACACGACGGCGUUGCUCUCACUGGGAAACGUAGCUUAAGUCUCCGAUUCAAAGCUGCAGUUUAUGCGCAUUAUGUUUUGUGUUUUCGCGAGUCAUAGAAUUUACAUAAUAGAAUAUUGCUACGCGCUGGGGUUCGGGGAUAAAUAAAAUUCCACCGAAGUAAAACUUAAAAACUAUUCAACACUUAAACACUUCACAAACACUUUAAAAUUCUCAAUUCACUUCUUUCGCUUCGCUUCAGGUGAUCCGUUCGCUGUUUCGCUUCGAGUAGUUCCGAUUACUGAAUGCGUGCCAUCCCUGCAAUGCUUUUAUAGUCGAUACCACAUCCCUAGAAUUAUCGAGAAUAUUCCACACAUCUCUAGUAUUGUCUCCGCUAUCUAACAAUAGAUGGCGUUGUACUUCUCGGGCGUUCUAGGUGCUACUAGAUUCUUCGCUAUUUGUUCGACUAUUCGGCGAUAGAUGGCAUUACUCUUACCGGCGUAACAAUAUCACUUUUGUUAUUCACUUGAUAGCACUACGCGCACGACGGAGUGGAAAGCGUGCGAAUUCCUUUAUUGGUUUAUGUAAUUUUUAAACAAAACAGUUUAAGACCAUUGUCUCCUUUGUCAACAUUUCUCCUUUAAUACCAGCUAAUCUUCCAAUCAAUUAUGGAGGGUAGAGGUAAUGCGAACCGUCUCUGUGUGUAAAAAGUGACCGUUAAAAUCUACUAAAUAAGGGUGGCGCUACAGUAGCAACUGGGUAUAUUUUUAAAAAACGCGCUGGAAGUUAUUAGAAUAAAAUAGAGAAAUAAAAAAGGACAAAAGAACUGUAAGCACUACAAAAUCACAAAAAGUAUUUUAUUUAAAGCUGAUAAGAAAAUCCAAUCGAUGUCUCCACGUUUUACCACAGCAAUAAUUUUCGGUUAUAUUGACGAAAUUAGUUUAGACUACGUAAACAUGUGAGAUCUUGUAUAUUAUACUGUCACUAACUACUCUAGUCAUUAAAUAUAUUAAAUUUCCUUACUCAGAAUACUUAAAUCACUUAAAAACUCCUCAAUUCAUAUCAUACCCUGUCCCUAUGCUAGCGCCAUUCUGGAAGAUUUUUUAAAAGUUACCUAGUGCUGAGAGUGCGACACUUUUUCAAAUUUCUCCCUUAUGAGACGGUUCUGCUUACCUCAUCUACCCUCCAUACAAUCAACUAAAUAUGUAUAUUGCACUAUAAAGUAUGCUUAUUAAAGAUUCAUUCGUCUUUUCUAAAUCGAAUAUAAGAAAAACGUAUUGUGAUAGCAAUUAUGUGAAAAUGAAAUCACUUCGCAUUAGGCAGACUCGUUAAACUAAAAGACGAUUUAUAACGAAAUGAAAUAAAAGCUUAAUUUAUUUUUAUAACGUUUUUAGCUUGUAAGUAUUCCUGUAGCAGGUUAUCAUAAGUUCUCAUUAGUUUUAAAAUAUAUUUAAGUAAUCGCAAAUAUUAAGAAGGCUUUAAAAUAUUUAUAUACUUUGAACUAUCUUCUAAUUAAAGGAAAUAAGAAGGAAAAGCUGCAACCAUUUCGGUGGGUUCUUUUGCUUUUGUGCACUAUUAACAACUAAUGUAUGUUCGCAUAAAUAAAAUAUUUACACACUUAAUGAUAUUUUUUGUUUACACAGUUGAUUUUGUGUGGCCACGUUAAGUAGGUUUUUUUUUUAAUUCCGAUUACUGAAAUAAUAAAAAGAUUACUAUUUUCAUUAUGAAGAAUACGCCGAGAUGAAAAUUAUACUUUUAAAUCAUAAUAAUUAUGUAAUCGUCUAGUUGUCAGAAAUAAAUAAAACAAAAAUUUUAAUUUUUUAAAUUUUUAAUAAAUAGUUUUAAUUUUUAAAUAUAUUUUUAAAAAUUAUACAAUAGAAAUAUA